AUGGCCUCCGUUGAGAUGAAGAAAAUAACCCUAAAGAGCGACGACGGUGAGAUCUUUGAGGUGGAGGAGGCUGUGGCCAUGCAGUCACAGACCAUCAAGCACAUGGUGGAGGACGACUGCGCCGAUGGCCCAAUACCUCUGCCGAACGUGACUAGCAACAUCGUAGCGAAGGUGAUCGAGUACUGCAAGAAGCACCAUGAAGAGGAUGCUGAUGGCGAGAAGAACAAAGAGGACAUUAAGAAAUGGGAUGUUGAGUUCGUGAAGGUGGACCAGAGUACUAUGUUUGACUUAAUCUUGGCUGCAAACUAUCUCAAUGUCAAGAGCCUGCUGGAUUUGACUUGCCAGACUGUGGCGGACAUGAUCAAUGGAAAGACACCUGAAGAGAUUCGUGAGAUCUUCAACAUCAAAAAUGACUUCACGCCAGAGGAAGAAAAGGAGGUUCGUAAUGAGAACCAAUGGGCAUUUGAGUGAGAGAGUUAAAGAUCCCCUUCAUACCUGUUAUUAUUACAUAACAAGAUCCCCUACAUACUUGUUAUUAUUACAUAAUUCAACUUUCUGUCUAUUAUUUUUCUUCUAGUUAUAAUUCAAUUGUUUUUUUUUAAUUAAUUUUUUUGUUAGAUGAUUGCUCAGAUGUAACCAAGAUUUCUACAAAACCUUGUUUGUCAAAUAUUUCUAAUGAUACAGUUAUAUGUCUCCUAUUUUGUGUGUUAAGAAACUUCUUUGUUGUCAAUAAAUUCUUAACAAAUUACAUCUCUUGGAAAUUAAUCAUAGAAUAACUAAACUGGACUCACACGAAAUCAUUUGCAUUCAUACAAGGGCCAUUCUAUUAAUUUUACA